AUGGCGUUCCGGUCGCUGCUGUUGACCCUUGCUGCCGCACUGCCCAUCUCUGACGCCGGUGCCGCCUGCGCCACUGCAUGGGUCCAAUGUGGCGGCACUGGCUGGGCCGGUCCGACAUGCUGCCCUUCUGGCUUCAGCUGCUCGCAGAUGAACUCCUGGUACUCGCAGUGCGUGCCUAAGGGUUCCAUAGCACCGCCGGAGCAGCCCAAGCCCGUGGCAGAGGAUGAGUGCUACCACAUGUUCAGUGAGCUCAGCUUCAACACGCUGGUUCAGUCGUUCCCCAGCAAUCCUGACAGUGAAGCCACGGCCUACGUGGAUUGCAAGCUCUGCAGCCACAGCGGCAUGCAUUGCACUGCGAAUGUCCUUGGCGGUCGGACACAGCUCAUCGCGUCGCACAUCCACCUGGCCUCUGACGGGGACGGCGUCAACGGCUCGGGCCCCCCAGUGAUCAACUUCUGCGGCGAGAACGGCCCUGGCUUCAUUGCGGACGGGAGCAAGUACAAGACGCCCUGCGCCCACUAUGCCAACCGUGCCGCUUUGAUGUCUGACAUGCAGGGCAACUUCGUAGAUGGAGAGCAGAACGCUGCCUUCACGUUGGGAUCUCGGCUCAAGGACAUUGCCUCCAACCCCUCGAAGUACUACUUCAACUUCCACUCCAUUGCUAGCUGGACACACUGGCAGAUUGAGGGGAAGGGUCCGGUCGGAAUGUGCCGUGGUGUCAUGCAGCUGAGCCAGAGGAGGUUGACGGAGUCGUCGGACAAGGUGGACGAUGUGAAAGGCAUCUCCCCAGGCGACGUUCUUGUCUAG